AUGCUGCCAAACAAAGAUUUCGAAACGGUUCUCCGUGAUUAUAUUCCUAAAGAGUUAAUCCCACCGACCUGGAAGUUCAAUGCAAAUAAAACCCACGAAGAGAACAUCCAAUCCCUUAUGAAAGGAAGUCAACUCGAUAUUUUCGAGCACGCUGAGCAACUUGAAAUACAAAUCGGCGAUUACAUGUGUUUCCCGAGAAAUGUAGAGUAUUUCAAGAUGAACCCACUUGGAAAGAUUGCUCCAACUCCAAUGGAAUACCUGAGUUUGAAAAACAAGGAAUACAUUUACAAAAGCGAUCUGUGUUUAAUGUUUGAUUACGAUGGUAUUUUCCCGGAGGGUGGAUGGCAAAGGAGUGCGGCUGAUUGGAUUCUGAACGAGUGUUGGACAAAGAUGCAGUUUGGAGACCACCACGAGAUGAUUGUGAAACCGGAUAUGUGGAGAACUGUUGAGGAAAUUAUCAAGGCUUUGGAUCAACAGGACUCUGUUUUCAAAAAAUUGAAUACUUUGAAAAAGGAAGCGUUCUAUAAGACAUUCUCGGAGAGAAUGAAAUCUAAAACUGUCAUGAGUGAUCUUAUUUUGAACUGUAUGGAGGAUAUCAUUGAGAAGUAUCCAGUGAAGAAAUAUUCUGCGGAACUCUCUAGAAUCCUUGCUGGGGUUGCAUUAGUUAUGGGAGCUGUCCAGGAUUUCGUUAGAAAAGAAUCCAUCCACUUGCCACCACUCAAUUCAGUAUCCUUGACGAAACCAGUUAUCCGACUCUUCUCGAUUGACAAAAAUCAUUUUGUGAUGGCUCACGAGUUGCUCAAAACACUCAAGAAUCAUAAUAUAGAUGUAUCUGGGUUCGAGAAGGAAGUAAAUGAAAUGCCGAAGCUGUCAACAUUCACUUUCAGAGAAGUGUCUCAGAAAGUCGAUAAAGAUGUUAUGAAGAAUGUGGAAUUUGUCAAAAUGGAAACAAAUUCUCUAUUGAUGUUCAAACAGACGCCUAUCCCGACUUACGAUGGAGGGUACUGUAUCCUUGCAGUGGAUGCUCUCCGUGAUAUUCUGAUGGAAAUGAUUCUUGCAAAGAGGGUGUUCCAUACAAUUGGAGAUAAUUGCUGGAUUCAUGUCAAGCAGUUUUUCAAGUCAAUUGAAUCUUACUUCGAUCAGACCAGAGGAGUAUACUUUAUUGAUUUGAAGGAUGUCAAGACAAUCAAGGAGUCAUGGGAGAAUAUCUACAACACCCAUUUGAAGCAAUCUUUGGCAAACCAUUAUUUUCGAAAAUCCCUUUCAAUGGAUUCAUUUGCAGCCAAGGACCUCAAAAAAUGCUUCAAAGAAAUAAGCAAGUAUACAGAGCCUGUGGCUAUCAACCAUCUUGCUGUAGCACUGUGUCAAAUCAACGGAACCGUCAGAACAUUUCCUAUGCUGCUGAAAUUCAUUCAUAAGCAAGGAGCAUGUGACAGGUUGAGUAUUGUGGGAUGUGAGUUGUGUGAUGGGAAAACACUGGUGGAGGAAUUUGCUCCGAUCACAGAAGAAGAGUCGCUGCAGAAGAAAACGAACCCUCUGUCAUCAGAAGAGACCAAGCCAGAACCAGAAGAAUUGAAUGCUGAAACACCGGAGCUGAGUGCUGAUACUACAGAAAAGCCUACCCAGAAAAAGAAAAAGUCGAAGAAGUCAAAACAACCAACCCCACCUGAAGAAAACAAACCAAAAGAAUCGAAUGCGUGUCCGAAAUGCGAACGAGCUGGAAAGUUCACGCGAGAGGCCAAUGAGAAGUUGAGACUUUCGAAGAUAGAAGUGAAACAACUGAAGAAGGAUCUUAUCAGAAAUCAAUUGGAAAACGAGGAGAUCAAACAGAAAGUGAUGGAUAAGGAUGAGAGAAUUCGGAUGUUGGAGAGACUUCUGGAAGAGAAGGAUGACGUCAUCAAGAAGCAAACGGCAGUGAUUGAAGAUCUCCGGAGAGUUGAGGAAAAAGAAGACAAUCAAACUGUAAUCGAUGAAGAGACUGCAAAGAUUGAAAGUGUCAAAACCAACCUGUUGGGCAUCAAAGGAAUUCUUCACACUGAAAGUCCUGUUACCAAAUGCACUGAAGUAGUAAACCGACUUAUCAUGAAGACCAAAAACAAGGAAAUAAAACAAAUGGCAGGAAUCGAGAUGAGAAGAUUUACCAAGGAGGCUACAGAAUAUAUGGAAGGUGUGGAAAAUCGACUUGCCAUGAUCCAAUGCAAUCAGUUUGACGCAGCCGAAGAAAUCCCAGAGCUCCCGGAGUUUCCUGUAUUCUCUCAAGGAUUUUUAGAAGCUUACAAGAAUAUUCUGAAGUCGAGCCCGUGA